UCGAAUAUUGCCUCCUACUCAUUCAUAUUUCAUUAUUUCUCCUCUACAAAGAAUGCUCUCCAAACCUGAAACUCCUUACAAACCAUUUCCCUUAUUCCAACUGCCAAUCAUUGUUACAACAGAAGUUCUACUGUGCUUGUCACCUUUGGAAGUAAUCAAUAUUUCUCGUGUUACCUCAAGAACAAAGAAUGUCGUAAAAACCCUAUUACCGCAAAAACUGCGUGAUGAAUUCAAAACCUGUGUCAAAUUCCUUCAUGGACCGCGUAUUUUAGUGAAAUACUCAAACGCUGAGUCACAGACUGUCGUAUUUCGGACAAAUCAGCAAAGUGUAACUGCACCCUCUCCGAAUGUAUUGGAUGAUUGCAUUAAUUUGGUUGAAUAUAUUACUGAUUUAUUUAACACUCCAAUCUAUUUUAUUGGAAUUGAUGUAACUUUAUUUAAAAAUCAACAUCAAUCAAUAAUCGACUGGUUGUUUUCUAAACAAGACACUGUCCAAAAUUUCCUUAUCAGAGGAAAGAAUGUGUCAACUGAAACAUUUUCAGCAGUCUGGAACAGAAUUCGGAAAGUCGAACGGUGUUUGGGUCUUGAUAUGGUUGUAGAAGACAACUUUCAAUGUGAUAUUCUGUUUGAUCUGCCCGAAUUGUAUAUAAACUACUCAAAUUGGUUUAACAUUGACAAACUACUAAAAUGCGACUGCGUGAAGUUAUUUCUCUUUUUGUCCAGUUUGAGGCCUGCUGACUUGAAUAGAUUUUUCCGAAGUUGGCUAUUGUCCGAGACGAAUGCAAGAUUAACAUUAUUGACCGUCGAAAUUGACAGCAGAGAUUUACUGGAGCAGAUACUUGAUCUACCUGAAGAAUCAAUUGAUGAAAGUGAAGAUAAUAUAAGAGAACAUGCUAAAAAGGAUGAGAUUUGUCGAAGAGAGCUGAAAAUUAAGCGGAACGACGGAAAGAAAGCUGUACUAACCACUCGAUUCAUUCCUCGGCUCCAAAGGCUUGACUUAAUAAUGCGUGUUAUCUGAAAUAAUCGUUUAAUUGAUGUUUAAAAAAAAUUAUAAUAAAGUUAUUGCAUACA